GAAGAAGAGGAAGGACAAUAAAAGCACACGAAGAAGACGGAGGAAGAGGAGGAGGAGGAUGAGGAACUAUGGCAGUAAGCUAAUUUGGUAAACAAAAAGCUAGCUGGCCCUUAAAAGCUUGGUGUUAAACAAUGCACCAGUCAGGAUGGGGCAGGCGCUGUGCAUAUGCUCCCGUGGCUCCAUCACCAUUGAUAAUAAAAAAUACUACUUUGUACAGAAGCUAGACGAAGGUGGGUUCAGUUAUGUUGAUCUGGUAGAAGGGGUGAAGGAUGGGCACUUCUAUGCCCUAAAGAGGGUCCUGUGCCAUGACCGUGAAGGUCGUCAGGAGGCUCAGACAGAGAUGGAGAUGCAUCAGUUGUUCAACCACCCCAACGUCUUGAGCCUGGUUGCACACGCCUUUGUUGAUCGUGGAGGCAAGACUGAAGCCUGGUUACUUCUGCCUUAUAUUAGAAAAGGCAGUCUGUGGUCUGUUCUGGAGAAGCUAAGAGACAAGGGGAGCUCGAUGCCUGAAAAACUGAUAUUGCAAAUCUUGCGUGGCAUCUGCUCUGGACUCAAGGCCAUUCAUGACAAAGGCUAUGCACACAGAGACCUGAAGCCCACAAAUGUGCUUCUGGAUGAGGAUGACAGGCCGGUUCUGAUGGACCUGGGCUCUAUGAACCGUGCCAGAAUUGAGGUUAGAGGAACCAGAGAAGCCAUGACCAUACAGGACUGGGCAGCCCAGCGGUGCACCAUUUCCUACAGGGCUCCUGAACUCUUCAAUGUAGAGAGCCACUGCAUUAUAGAUGAGCGCACUGAUAUCUGGUCGCUUGGCUGUGUGCUUUACUGCAUGAUGAUGUUGGAGGGGCCAUAUGACAUGGUGUUUCAGAAGGGGGACAGUGUUGCCCUUGCUGUCCAGAAUCCAGUGUCCAUCCCACAGUCUUGCAGUUACUCACAGGGCCUACAGAUGCUGCUGAGCUCCAUAAUGGUGUCAAAUCCCCAGGAGAGACCAAACAUCAACUGGGUUCUUGACCAGGUACAGGACCUGCAGAGUCGCAGCCCCAACACCCAAACCAACAUGGUCUAAUCUUGCAUGGUGCACUGGAUGUGGGACACCUUUGCACACAAAAAGGAACAUCUCUUAAUUUGAGCUUGAAAAUAUUUCUUUUAUUUAUUGAUUUCAGUGUAAAAGCUUAGGUACAGACUUUGACUCAGCUUCGGGGGCUUGGCAACAGUAUCAGCUUUUAGUUUGAAUGAUCCUAUGUAGCCUGUGUGUAACAGUGGAGCCUUUUAGUUCUAUGUAGACAAAUUAUCUGAAGAUAUUGAAUGGCCUUAAAUGUAGUUUGACCCUGCAAUAUAAUGGUUGUCAAAUCCUUUCUCUAAUAAUGAGCUUGAAAGGCCUUUUCAUUUUCUGAUAAUGAAGUUGCUUUGGCUUGUAUUCUGGAAUAGUUUGACAUUUUUUAAAAAUGCACUUAUUCGCUUUCUUAGUGAGUUACAUGAGAAGAUGACUAUCACUCUCAUUCAGUUGUCAUUCUGCGUGAAGCUUGAGCCAGUAGCCUUUUAUCCUAGCUUAGCAUUAAGACGGGAAAGAGGGGGAAACAACUAGCCUGGUUCUGUCUGAGGGUAACAAAAUCAAGCACAUAUUGUGUUUGUUUAAUCUGUACGAAAACCAAAAUGUACAAAAGACAAGCGGUGGUUCUUUAUGUGUAGUUAUUGUUUUACAGAUUAGUUUUUUUAUGGAUUAAACACACAAGACAUUAAAUGUUAAUUCGUGAGUUUUAGAGGUGCUGUUACGGAGAUUGUUUUUCCUUUUGACAGAGGCUAGCUGUUUCUUUUCCUUUAAAAAAAGAAAAAGAAGAAAUAGUUUGUUUUUUUCCUUUAAACUGUAGUUUUAAUUUUUAAUAAGAAAAGGGAUCACAUAAAAGCUUUGCCAAACUUUCUGGUCAAUGAAAGUUACCCUAACUCAAUACAUAUCUGAUUACAUUCCCAAUCAUGAAGGAAUAUGUAUCUUUUUUUUAUUCCUAACUUUAUUCCUAACAUCUUGUGGUUACACACGUUAGCUGUAAUCAUCAGUAUAAAACUUCACCGUCAGCUUUUUUCCACGCCUUUACUCACAAUAUUGAGGCAGUGCUCCUCACCUGCAAUGCUGCAUUUGAACACACAGAGGUGCUCCACCAUCACAAUCCCCUGAUGCGCAUAUUCACAUGGUGAUUGGCCAUGUUUCUGUCUGUACAGUAAUACUGUCUCUUUGUAAAACACAGCAAAGAGUAUCUGAUUACACAAAAAAGAGAAGUGUCAAGUGUUACUGUCACAUACCUAAACAAUAAGAAAUUAACUUGUAAUCAGUUUAAAGAAUGACACAGAAAUGUUUUUAUUUACUGUACCUGAAAGGCAUUGUCAUAACUGUCAUUCCAGUUUAACGUUUUUUUAAUUCACUUUUCUCUGUAUUGUGUUUUUAAACAGUAUUUUCAAUUUCCGCCUUGCUUGUGUUAAAUUCUGGGUUUCCUCUCA